CCGGAUGUUGACCUUUGCAAUCUUGUAAAUGGUUUUGGGAGAGGAAAUUUAACAAAUUUUCUAGUAUCAAAAUGGGUAAUGAGCAGUCACUCCCAGUUGAGCUGUGCUCCACAUUUGACACCGAAGAGAUCAAGAGAUUAGGAAAGCGUUUCAGGAAACUGGAUCUGGACAACUCAGGGGCACUGAGCGUCGAUGAGUUUAUGUCCCUACCUGAGCUCCAACAGAAUCCAUUAGUGCAACGAGUCAUUGAAAUAUUUGAUGUGGAUGGUAACGGCGAAGUAGACUUCAAAGAAUUCAUCCAAGGUGUUUCACAGUUCAGCGUCAAAGGAGACAAAGAAUCAAAGAUGAGAUUUUUCUUCAACAUCUACGACAUGGAUAAGGACGGAUACAUCUCAAACGGAGAGCUGUUCCAGGUUCUGAAGAUGAUGGUAGGCUCCAACCUUAGAGAUACACAGCUUCAGCAGAUUGUUGAUAAGACCAUUACGAACGCCGAUACCGACCAGGACGGCAGGAUUUCAUACGAAGAGUUCUGCGCAGUUGUUGGGAAUACAGACAUCCACAAAAAGAUGGUUGUUGAUGUAUAGCGCCCUCAUGUGUUCAACUUAAGUAAAGGUAUCUUUUUUCUGUAUUUGUGAACACUAAGUGCGUUGCCAACAUCUCUUUACAUCAUUGUUUAUACCAUUGAUAUUUUUAAUCUUUUUGUCUUUAAAAUGUAUAACUAUAAGCAGCCAUUUUGUGUCAUUUUUGUAAAUUUUGUUAUAUUUUGUUCAUGUAGUGAUGUAAACAAAACAAAAUCAUGAAACCUGAGAAAUUUUAUUUGAACUAGAAAAAAAAGUGGUUUUGUAUGUCAUUGUAUAGUUAAGAUGUUUGCACCUUUAUAGGUAAAUGAGUGGUAGGUAAAUUUUUAUGAGGCUUUUUUAGCAAGUUAAACUGAGGGCUGAUGGUAGACUAUUGUGUGCCGUCUAACUUGAAGGAAAAUUGGCUGCUGUCAUGUAAAGUACAUGUAUGUUGUACCAGUGUGUAUGGCCCACCCAUUCAAACUUUACAUUAAGACUAGCUGGUCAGUUGCCCGCUAAUCAUUGCUGAAUUUUCAGAUGAGAUGCAUCUUAAGCGCCUUGAAAGUGGCCAAAGGUUGCUUUGAGUUGAUAUCUUUAGAUAUUGUAGGUUCAGUGUGUUAAACAGUUCAACUGUGGUUUGCUGAGGUUAGCAGGCAAACAUUUUCCACUAAGUCAUACUUCGCAUGUAUAGCAAAAACGAUCGCAAAGUGAUUUUUCUUGAUGGAGAUGAGCUAAUGACGAUCAGUACCCUCAAGUUUCCCAUUGUGAUGAAUUAAAUUUACUUGGCUUUCACAAUGUAGAUGACUAUGGCCCAAUCCAGUCAAACCAAACCAUCAUGUCAUGGUAUGAGCAAGUAAGAAGACUACUUCCAAUUGCAUGGCUCUGUUUACAGCAAAUUCUGCACUUAUCUAGCCUAGUAUUAAAGCACAAAUUCUAUGGGACUUAAAUCAGAAUUACCCGUAAGUAGAGCCACCCUCUUAUUCACGUAACCAUUAGUGGAAACACAACCACCCUUGUGUUUCCGUUCAAAGGAAGGUAGAACACCCACCUUCUGUUCGUCUUUUAAAAACAGAAGAACAAGACCUCAAAGCUUUGUUGACAAGCCUGGUUGACGUCUAAUUAUCUUAGUUGUCUAAUUGCCAAACUAGUAAACAACCGUGUCCAACUUAAUUAGAGCCAGUUUGCCAAUCAGGCUUCUCAUUAAAACAGCUCUAACAAGGUGUGUGAGAUAGUCUUUAAAAAAAUUAACAAUAGUUGAGUCAAACUUGCUCAUGAGAUUUGGUCCGAGUGAUUCAUGAAACUAAUUAGAGGGAGAUAAAUGAUGCAUCACCUCAUUUAAUUGAAUGCCUUGUUAUACCAAAGCCACAAUUAAAGCGAAAGGCCUCACGACGUAUGCAACUUUUCUAGGCAUCGACCGGUGUGUAGAGGUGGGUGAAACAUUGCCUGAUAAGGCAGUCACAGUUACAUUUAAAAGUGUCCCGCACGCAGGCAAGUUUACGGCUGGUGUCCGACAGACACUUUUCAGAUGUCCUACCUAUGUGUGAUAAACAGUGUGUAAACUUGUAAUCGAUGUGUGCGAAUUCCUGCCGGACAUCGACAAGGCAUAGACCGAUUUAUUAGCGAUCAGGUUGCAAUGCGAAAUGCCACACCAGGCUAGAAGUCGGAGGUAAAAGUAACUUGAUGUCUGCAUUUCCAGAAAUGACCCGACAGCCUUAAGGAGUCCCGUGGGGCCCUGGUCGAAAAUGCCUAAAAAUCCAUUGCAAACUACUUGCAUGGCCAUCGCAAGCUAAUUGUGACUGGGUAUAAGUGGCAGGCAAGAUUUGUCUAUGAUCAUGUCUUACCUUUGUUCGCUUUACACUUUGAUAUGCUAUUGUUUUAGGUUAAUAGUAGUGACAAAACUGACAUUAAAUGAGACUGUGUAGGAAUCUUAAUAAGUUACACAAGAGACAUCUCAAACUAUCUUAAAAGCACCUGCCACUGAAAAGAAAAACUGUUGCCUACCACAGUUCGUCAUGGUAGCAGUCCCUAUGUGUGCCAUAUGUCAUUGUCAUGUCACUUGUUCGUAGUUUUAGGGGUCAGAGUUUAGGGUAAAACCUUUCUGACUUUAUUAGUGUAUGCGUAAAACAUAAAUUUAUUUGUACAUUUGAAGUAGUCAUUAUUAUUAGGCGUGGUUUAGUGACAAAAUAAACUGCCUACCGCUAUAAGUGUAGGAAUUUAUGGAGGAUAUAGUUAUA